AUGGGCUACGGCGCGCCCGCGCCGCCGCAGCUCCCGACGCUGCCGCCGCCGUGGAUCGCGACGCCGGACCCGGCGACGGGCGUCUUCUAUUUCGUGAACACGCAGACCCACGAGACGUCGUGGACGCCGCCGCCCGGGUCCAUCCCCGUGCACCCGCCGCCGCCGCCCGUGGCCGCGCCCCAGUUCGCGGCGCCGCCCAAGGACGAGCUGCCCUGCGCGACGUGCUACGAGUGCCCCUGCCAGUGCGCGCCCGCGGGCGGCCCCGCGGCGCCGGCGCCGAGCGACCCGGCGUACGACGCGUGGAAGGCCGUCAUGGGCCACCUCGAGAGCGGGAGCCGCCUCAACGAGACGUGGACCAACGCGCCGGCGGACCAGAACCCGCUCUACCGCCAGAACGUCGACGGCGUCUGCGUGCCCUACAACCGCGGCAACUGCCGCAAGGGCGAGCGCUGCAAGUACGACCACCGGUUCACGCCCGCGGCCAUGGCCGUGGCCAACUACGUCGAGCCGCGGACCCUCACGCGCGAGGAGCUGGCCCGCGGCCGGCCCGCGCGGCGGAAGCCCUGCUUCGACUUUGUGCGCAAGGGCAAGUGCGACCGCGGCGACCACUGCCCCUACUCGCACGAGGACCCGGCGAUGCUCAAGGACGAGGACAAGAAGCCCUGCUUCGAUCUGUUGCGCCACGGCCGGUGCCUCAAGGGCGACGCGUGCGUCUACGCGCACACGGGGCACGAGGGCCUGCCCGCGAAGCCGCGGCGGCCCUGCUUCCGCAUGCAGCGCGAGGGCAGGUGCGACAAGGGCGCCGCGUGCCCCUUCGCCCACGACGUCCCCCGGGACCCGCGCGCGGGGCUGCCCGCCGCCGCGGCGCCGCCGGCCGCGGCGCCGCCGGCCGCGGCGCCGCCGCACGGCGCCGGCUCCGGCGACGCGGCCGCGGACCUGCUCGCGGACGCGGUCGGGGCGCCCGCGGCGGCGCCGCCGCGCCGCGCGCCGACGGAGAGCGACGACGAGUACGACCCGGAGCCCGAGGCCGUCCCCCAGCGCGACGGCGCGCCGCUGCCCGAGCGGCCCGGCCGCGAGAGCGACGACGAGUACGACCCGGAGUCGCUCCCCCACCGGCCGCCGCCGCCGCGCGUCAAGCGGCCCGACGCCGUGGACCUGAGCCGGCCCGUGGCGGCGCCGAGCUACCGCUACGACCCGGCGACGCAGUUCGUCCCGAGCCGCCGCUUCGUCGAGCGGCCGCCGCCGGACGCGCCCGCGGAGCCCGCGGAGGCCGCGAAGCCCCUCGCGGGCGAGGGCCUCGCCUGGGCCGCCGCGGCCCUCGACCCGGCCCACGCGCUCCGGGCGCGGUCGCCGCCGAAGCGCCGCCGCCGGUCCCGGUCCCGGGACCGGAAGCGGCGGAAGCGGUCCCGGUCCCGGUCCCGGGGGCGGCGGGGCGACCGCCGGCGGCGCGACUAA